AUGGCUGCCUCCGCGGUGAGAGCCUUGGCGGGCUUGUGGGCAUUGUACCAGGGCUUCAGACUCGCCGCGUUCAUUCAGAGCCAUUUCUUCCACAAGAGCACGCUCGAUCGAUUGCAGACACCUGGAGCACAGGGUGGAGAAGACGACUCCGCGUGGGCCUUGGUGUACGUGCGCACGAGACCACCAGAACCUUUCGCGCGCCAAAAGCGCUAACCAACAGCCCUCUUAUAGCACAGGAGCUACAGACGGAAUCGGCAAGGGCUUCGCCGAAGAACUCUGCGCACGAGGCUUCAACGUCAUCAUCCACGGUCGAAACGAAACCAAACUGGAAAAGGUGAAAUCCUCUCUCCAGACCCGCUGGCCGAAAUGCCAAAUCCGCACGCUGCGAAUGGACGCCAGCCGCGAAGCGGGCGAUGCGGACGCCAUGGCCCGCACGGCAUGUGCUCUCCAGCCUCUGAACCUCAGAAUCCUCAUCAACAACGUCGGCGGCUCCAGCGGCAGCAUCUCCUUCAUGCCCCUCCAGGACCGAACUCCAGAGCAGAUCCGAUCGGUGCUGGAGGUCAACGUACGCUUCCCCACCGAGAUCACCCGGGCACUCCUGCCCCAGCUCCAACGCAACGGCUCCGCUUUGAUCAUGAACAUCGGCAGCGCGACGAGCGAGUUGAGUCUUCCGUAUUUGAGCAUCUAUUCCGGGUGCAAGGGUUACAAUCAAUGCUGGUCGCGAUGCCUCGAAGCGGAGAUGCGAGCGGAGAAUCACGAUGUCGAGGUGCUGUGUAUUCUGGUGGCGGCGGUGGCAACAGAGCUGAGCCCGAGACCGCUAUCGUUGUUCGUCCCUAAUGCCAGGCAGAUGGCGGGGUACGCCUUGGGGAAAGUAGGGUGUGGCCGCGGCGAGAUCUUCGGUUAUUGGGGCCACCAUUUGCAAGUCAUGAUGUUCCGGGCCAUGCCGUCCUUCAUGGCGCGGAAAGCGGUCGUAGAUGUGGGGAAGAAGGAGAAACUUGAAGACGAGAAGCGGACGGCAAGUAGAUGA